GACCUCACAUCACACCAGGUUCUGGCAGCAGGGCAGCCCUCACUACAGAGCAACCCGAAGAUAACAGUCUGGUUCCCGCACCAUUACCCCGUAACUGCUCUCAGUUGGUCAGAUCAGGUGAGAGCUGUUGAGUUGAGACUUCAAGGUCUCCCCAUUUUGCCCUGCCACUGCUGAGUCGGAAACUUAGGCACAGGGCAAACCUUUCUACGCCAAGUUUAGUCCCCGUGCUGGUCGCCUUCCCUCACCCACUGACCAGCCAUGGCGGCCCUCCAAGCGUGCUCAGCUUCCAGGCUGUGCGUGUCAGCAGCACCCAGGCAAACAGCCGCGCCCCGGCGAAGAGCCACAGUGUGCUCCGCAGACUCCACUCCACUCCUCUACAAGCCCCUCGCCGCCUCCUCCUCCACCCAAUUCACCUCCUUCUCCCCGCUCCCCUCCCGCGCGUCGUGCGCUCCUUCCGCGCGCUCGCGCUCGCAACGCUCCGCGUCCGUGCGAUGCGCGGCGGCGGACCGCCCGGCGUCGCAGCCGCGCAUGAUCCAGCACAAGCAGGAGGCGUUCUGGUUCUACCGCUUCCUCUCGAUCGUCUACGAUCACAUCAUCAACCCCGGUCACUGGACCGAGGACAUGCGUGACGACGCGCUCGAGCCCGCCGAUCUUAACGAUCGCAAUCUGCGCGUGGUGGACGUCGGGGGUGGAACGGGUUUCACGACGCUCGGGGUGGUCAAGCAUGUGGACGCGAAGAACGUGACGAUUCUCGACCAGUCGCCGCACCAGCUCGCGAAGGCCAAGGAAAAGGCGCCGCUUAAGGACUGCACGAUCAUCGAGGGCGACGCGGAGGACCUGCCGUUUCCCACGGACUACGCCGACCGUUACGUGUCGGCCGGCAGCAUCGAGUACUGGCCCGACCCCCAGCGCGGCAUCAAGGAGGCAUACCGCGUGAUCAAGCCGGGCGGCAAGGCGUGUCUCAUCGGCCCGGUGCACCCCACCUUCUGGCUCUCGCGGUUCUUCGCCGACAUGUGGAUGCUCUUCCCCACGGAGCAGGAGUACAUCGACUGGUUCACCAAGGCUGGGUUCUCCGAUGUUAAGCUCAAGAGGAUCGGCCCCAAGUGGUACCGCGGAGACCGCCGCCACGGACUCAUUAUGGGCUGCUCCGUUACUGGCGUGAAGACCAGCCCUGGGGAUUCUCCUCUUCAGAUGGGUCCCAAGGCCGAAGACGUGAAGGGCCCGUUCAACCCCUUCUCGUUCGCCUUCCGUUUCAUUGUCGGCACCAUCUGCAGUCUCUACUACGUCAUCAUUCCCGUCUACAUGUGGCUCAAAGACCAGAUCCUCCCCAAGGACUGGAAGUUCACCGAGAACUAAUAUCGAGGAUUGGGUGGUCUGUGAGGUGUUUUUGCAUAAUACCGCGACUCUUUUUUUCUCGUUACCUAAGGUUCACACUUAUAUCACUGUGCUGCACCUAGUUAGUUGCUUGCUAUUACAAUAUCCAGCUAAACCUGGAGAAAACUCCUAUUGUGAUUGUAGAAAGUGACCAAUGCAUGCUGUUAAUUUUUUUAGGAAAAGUAAAGUGCAAAUUUCCCG